AGGCUUCGUCGCUUUACCCGUAUUGCACAGUUUGCGAUGGCGGGAGAAGAAGACACUGAACUCCGUGAUUUAGUUGCUCAAACUUUAGAGUCCAAGGGUGUUCUAGGCAAGAUCAGAGCUCAACUGAGAGCUCACGUUUUUCUCGCUUUGGAAGAACAAGAGAAUGAGCAGAAGCGUCCGUCUUCUGUCAACGAGGAGUUGUUUUCAUUCAGCAACACACGUGAAGGUCGUCUCGUGAUGGGACUCGUCAGAGAAUUUCUAGAGUUUUAUGAGCUGUCAGCAACGCUGGCUGUAUUCGAGCCAGAAGCUGAUGUGGCUGACAAAUACAAUGGGCGGGCCAGUCUUGCACGAGAUCUUGAUAUUGUUGAUGAUGAUGAACCAGCGAAGCCGCUACUGGAUGAAGUUAUCAAACGUCUGUCUAAGCCUUCUAUACUGAGAUCUACAGUUGGGAUGUUCACCUCAAAUGAUCUCAGCUCGCGUCAGAUUGCUGAAGCUAGAGAGAAAUUUGCCAAAUAUGACACGGAUCACAAUGGCUUGAUCGAUAAGGAAGAGCUGCAGCUGCUGUUUCUGGAUCUCCUGCCACAGUUCAGUGCCAACAUGCUCGAUUGCUACAUUGGCGAUGAAUUUGCAGGAGUAGACAGGGAUCUCAAUGGCAAAAUUGAUGUUGAUGAGUUUUUGUCAAUGUACAGAAAGCUGUUUGUUUCGUGCCAAAGUGUGGUAUGUCAUGAUGGAAUUGGAUUGCAGCCUAGAAUAACAACAGGAAUUGGAGCUGAAGCGCCAAGGGCUGAUAGUGGAAAGAAUGAACUGACUGAAAUAAUGAAUCGCGUUGGAGACGGCCAGAGUUAUGCGUCGACAUUCACAACAAAACCAACCAAACAAACAAAGGCAACAACCACUGGUCUCAGCACACUCACAGAUGUGCAGAACAACUUGGCCGACUACAUGGCUCCAUCUCAUCUGCAACGAGAUCUGCCAGCUGGAGAAGGCCACGGAGAAGAUGAUGCUAAUUCAGUGGGAAGUGCCCACAGCCUCCUUUCACAUUCAAGUCAGAGGUCAAACCCACGUGGUAGUGGUGUAGGUAAAGAAGAUGGUAUAGAUGAUGUGCUGACAGCCACUCAACGAGGACUACAAGGCCUUGAUAUUGAUAAUUAUGGGUUGGAUGACGACGAUGAUGAUGACGAGCACGGAAUGGGAGAUGGUGGAAACGACGAAGAUCUAUUUGCCAAGCCAGCAAAUCAAGGUGGCAGUGGAGGCAAGCGAUUAACGGGUGCAAGAGGCUUAAGUCUGUCAACAGUCCCUGGACUAGCAGACGAAACUACAAAGGACUUGUUACGUGAGAGAGAUAUUUUGGCAAGAGCUAACGACCAGCUUGGCAUCAGGAAAGAUCCUGCGGCAAAAGAGCCACUUUCUCGAAAUGCUCUGCCGCCGUUGAGCGGAACAGGCAAUCAGAUGUCGACACUUUCAGGAGCACCAGCUCUUGGUAGGUUUACAGGAUCGUCAUUUCGAAGCAUGGGUGUGAUGGGAGCCGAGAUCGGUCAGUCUACGGAUGAAGAUGUGAAGAGGCUGGCUGAUAUCAAUAGUCAGCUAUCAAAGCUAGGAAUCAGCCUCUCUGGAGACAAUGGCUUGGAUCAACAAGGAGAUGCUGAUGCACAAAACUAUGAUGAUGACUUCAAUUCUCUUGCUUCACGUCAGAGUGGAAGUGUGAGCAUCACAGAAUCACUGGAUGACAUUAUUAGUGAUGAUGGCAACAUGUUGGAUCAAAAGCUGGACGAUCUGUUGACCAGUGACCACACAAUAUCUCAAGGCAGCAUUGGAGAUUGUGACUACAUGGAAAGCAUAACAUCCAACUGACAUAUUACACCCGAGUAUCAAAAGUAGAGUUUACUGCCAGUAACCGUCUCCAU